AUGAAAAAACAAACGUAUGACAAAGCCUUAGAAGAAUACAUCAAAAAGACGGAAUGUAUUAAAACCAGCAGUAAAAUUGUGGAGGCUAUUGAUAGAAGAGUUAGGAAACUGGAGGAAACCAAGCUUGCGAAGGUUUUACCUUUUAUCCGGAAAUGCCGUAACCCCAGACCUGGGAUCCCUAGACUAUUCGCCUUCGCUAAAACGCAUAAAGAGGGCAAGGAAAUAAGGCCAAUAGUGGAAAAGCAUAAAGCACCUACAUUUUUCCUAGAAAAAAGGUUACAAGAAUAUAUCUCCUCCCUAAUGGAAAGUAGUAAUUUGGUUGCAAAAGAUCCUGUAAUGGUGGUUAAAGAGCUGCAAGACAUUACUUUGAUGGAUGAAGAAGUGGGAACUGUGUUGGAUUAUGAGAGUUUAUACCCCUCCAUUAAGAUUAAUUCUUGUUUGGAAACUCUAUUGGAGUUCUUGUUUAGAGAAAACCCGAUAUUAACGCAUCACAGAAACGAGGUUAUGGAAAUGGCUAAUCUUAUAUGUUGCGAAUCUUUUUUCACUUUCGAAGGCCAAACUUAUAAACAAAAGAGGGGAGUUCCGAUGGGAAGCCCAAUUUCGGGGCUUCUAUGCGAGCUUGUGGUUAGAAAAUUGGAAGAAAAAGUAUUGCGAAACUUUGAAAAAGAAAUCGUUUUCUACAAGAGAUAUGUGGAUAAUUUAUAUAUAAUAUGGAGGAAUAAUCGAGAAAUUACUAGCUUCAUAGAUAGAAUCAACGAUAACGAGGAAGGCCUCAGCCUGAAGCUAGAGCAGAAAAGUUCCAUGAUGGUACAUUUCUUAGAUAUUAAUAUCAUCUUUAGCAAAGGGCAUGUAUCCACCGGAGUGUACAUAAAACCAACACAUAGCCCACUAUACAUCCCUGCUAAGUCCAAUGACCCCUAUCGUUACAAAAUGGCAGCAUUUCGUGCCUUGGUUAGAAGGGCUUUUCUAUACUGCGACAACAUUAUAGACCGGGUUACUAAGAUUGAAAGGAUCAUACAGUUAGCAGAAGCCUUAGGAUACAAGAGAAAUAUUAUAACGGGUAGGACAGCUUCAGAUAUGCGAACAUAUGGAAAAGUGAAGGAGGUUCACCAUACUCCACAAUCUUACAUCAUUGAAACACCAAGUGGCACGUUCUGCAGGAACAGAAUACAUUUGCAGCCAUCGUCUAUUCCCCACAUAUUCUCCGGGCAAUGCGAACCACAAAAUGUCGGUGAAGUGAAAUCGACUGGACCGGAUCAACCAGAAUACUUCUGA